CACCCCACAGUUUGGUUUAUUUAAAUAAACUCUGAAAGCCCUCAAAUAUACGCCACUGCGUUCCUUCUUUCUUCUCCAACUACAAACGAAACAGAGAAUUGGAAUUGAAUUCCAUCGCCAUCGCCAUCCUCAACUUCAAGUUUGUUUUCAAUCUUUCUCCAUUCUUCCCCUUUUUUUCUGGUUUCGAUUUUAGGUAGGAAUCGCCAUGGGAAAAACAGGCAAGUUGGGGUUCCCAAGAAACAGGAAAUUAAAAAAAUCCUCAGAGUAGAAUAGAGCAGUGCAGUGCAGAAUCAUUGUUGUAUUUGUGUUUGUAAAGCAGAGUUUCGAUUCAAGCAAUGAAGAGGAGGCAUGGGAGCUCUGCAACUUCCAUCACUCCAAGCUCCUCAGGAGGAGAAAAGGAUGCGAUAAUUAGGGAUUUGGGGACAAUGUGCGCAGAAGAGGGCAUUGAAGAUGAGGAAGGGUAUUGGUGUUGUAGUGUGGAAGAAAAAGCGAAUUCGAAGAGGAGACUGAGCGUGGAUCAAGUGAGGACAUUGGAGAGGAGCUUCGAGGUGGAGAACAAGCUCGAUCCAGAUCGGAAACUGAAGUUGGCUCGGGAAGCUGGGCUGCACCCGCGCCAGGUGGCGGUGUGGUUCCAGAACCGCCGCGCCCGCUGGAAGACGAAGCAGUUGGAGAAGGAUUAUCUCUGCCUAAAGGCUAAUUACGACUCUCUUCGACUUGACAUCCAAAACCUUCAUAAACACAACCACUCCUUGCUUCUCCAGAUAAGAGAGUUGAAAUCAUCGAUUCUAAGCAGAUCAUCGUCGUCAUCCAAGCUUGAAGAAUCAGAAACAAAAAUGGAUGAUAACCAAGCGAAAACCAGAGUUGAAAUUUCACCUAGGGAUGAAGAACUUGAAGAAGCUGGCAUGGAUGGAUUCGACCUCUUCGACAAGUUGAGCGAGUCGAUCCUGAGGAUGAAGGACGGAUCAUCAGACAGCAGCGAUUCGAGCGCAAUCUUCAACGACGAAAACAACCAAAACUGUUAUCGGAAUGUCGUGGGAGAUGACCAGAGGAUGGUUCAUUUGCAGCCCUUUGUGAAGAAUGACGACGAACACCAUCACCAUCACCAAGAUCAUCGUCAAGAUCAUACAAUAAUUCGUGAGGACGACGAUGAAUCCUACAGUGGUUUGAUCUUUUUGGACGACCAAGAUCCCACAUUACAUUGGUACUUACAAUGAAUAUUAGGGGAUGGAUGAUCAUGUAUAAUUUCGAGAUUGGAGGCAAAAGUCAUAACAAUAACACCCCAGAAAAUAAAUUGUGUUUCGACUA